CAAUCCGACGGAGGGAGGCGGGACGCCAGGCGCAGGGUGCGGUUGCCAUGGCGACGGGCCGUCCGGGCCCGGUGUCCCCCCAUGGCGGGCCGAGGCUUGGGUCUGGCCCGUCCCCGGCUGAGGCACCGCCGUCCCCGGGGGCAUCCCUCACACGGCCACCAGCCCCCCCGGAGAUCGGUGACGAGAAAUUCUUCCAUUCCUGCUGGUCAACGGAUAAAAAUACCAGAGACACGCGAACCAAUGGGCCCUGCCUGGGUUUCACUAUUACAGUCCAUCAGUUUGCUGAGUUUCUCUUCCCUGACUGUAACAACACGAGUCUCCUGUCAGCAAGGUUAGGCAAACAGCUGCUGAUAAAACGACUUCCAGGUUGCUCUUUCCAAGGCCGCUGAACACAGGGCCCAGACGAGUGCCCUGUGUGUGUGUGAACCUCCUGGCAGUGACACCUGCCCGAUGACAGCACGGGGCCUUGGUGCCAUGGUACAGGCCGGGUUAAUGACUUUGUUUAUACUGUUUGGGUAAUCGCGAUAAGGCUGCCCAACCCGCUGUCCCCCUCCCUGCACCGCUGGCGCUUCAUUGAGAAAACGGCCGUUGACGCCACACGGAGAACUCAUUUACCCCAGCCAAUCAGCCCAGGGACGGCUGGCUGUUGGUUUUUUUUAAUGAGGACCGCUUAAUCACAGAGCGGUCAAGGCUGUGGAGGGGUGUUUCAUUGGUGGCCCAGCCUUAUAAGAGCUGGUUUGAGCAGCUGUGGGCUGGCAGAGCUGGGAGGACAGGGAGAAUCCAGCCUGCAACAGAGGGUUUGGGAGGGAUUUUACAUCUCUCUACUGUAGCAAGAGCUGAAUUUUGCCGAGGAUCUGGCUGCCCAGCUCAGCUAUGACCACCAGCAGCAUGGACGUGGACUGUGAGAGGUGCCAGUGCCACAGUGAAGACAAACACACCGCCAUCCUCUACACCCUCCUCAGCCAGAACCGCAAGCACAGCCGGGGCGGCUGGAGCCCAGCCCACCAGCGCUGCCUCUGCCACCAGCGCCGCACUGUCUGCCUCCGCACACCCCACGUCACCUGCCAGGCGGCCUCCAACGUGCUGGUAAAAACCAUCAGCUUCAUGAAAAACCUCCCUGCCUUCUACCUGCUGCCACGAGAAGAUCAACUCCUGCUGCUGGACAGCUGCUGGGUUCCCCUCUUCCUCCUGGGGCUGGUCCAGGAGAUGGUGACCUUCGAGGUGAUGGAGACCCCAGCCCCCAGCAUGCUCAAGAAGAUCCUCCUCGAUGGCCAAAGCAAACAGCAGGAGCCUGAGCGGACGCAGCCCACGCUGGCUGCCGUGCAGCGGCUGCAGUGCUGCCUGAACACCUUUUGGAAGCUGGACCUGAGCCCCAAGGAAUACGCCUACCUGAAGGGAGCCAUUCUUUUCAAUCCCGAUAUCCCCGGGCUGAGGGCCUCCGUGUACAUUGAGAGCCUCCAGCAGGAAGCCCAGAGAGCGCUUCAUGAGGUCCUGCAGCCCCUGCACCCUGAGGACCACGGCCGCUUUGCCCGCAUUUUACUGAUCUCCUCCACCCUAAAAUCAAUCCCUCCCACCCUCAUCACGGAUCUCUUCUUCCGACCCGUCAUCGGCAACGCGGACAUCGUUGACCUCAUUGUGGAAAUGCUGUACGAAAUAACGGACAGGCAGCUGGCUCCGGCGACACGCAUGGCGUGCUGAGCAGCCACGCUCGGCCUCCGGCCCCGUGGAUGCUACCCACACUUUGCCGGGCAGCAAAGCCAACCUGGGAGCAGGGAUUUAGGCAGACAGACGCUCGGGACUCUGCGGGGAACUGCACGUCUCGGUAGGGCUGAGGCUGGAGGAUUCAGCCAGGAGAAACAGCUCCGGUUUGGCAGAUGUUUACAGCAGCUCCUGCUCCGCUCAGCCGCCUGCGAACAAGCCCCAGAGGAGGUUGGGUUAGAGACUGGUCCCGAUUUUUACUCGAUGAAUCCUUGGUGCCAUUUAAAUCAAGGCGCAUUUUGCUGUUAACUCCAAGAGAUGAGGUUUGUCCUCAACUAACAGCUUGAUUCUGUGGUGUUUAGGCAUGCUGAGUAACAUGUCAUCAGUGGGAUCACUAACUGAAUGCAAACAUUACGGAAUUAGCUCUGGGUGCAGUCUCAGUCUGUCUAUUGUGCUUGAAAUCUUAGAAAUACUGACGAAUAUUCCUCAGGCACCAAGAGGGAAAAAGCCAGAGUAUUAAAGCUUACAGGGUGUGCAGAUUCACCCCUCCUACCUUUUCCUAGAUUGCAUCUUUUCUCCACAACGCCGUGAAAUACAACAGAACUGCUCGCAGAGCAAUGGGUUACCUAAGAGCCCCUAAACCUAUUGCGUAUCAUCUUGGGCUGGGGCCUCACCUCGUUCCUGCGACAAUAAGUGAACCCCGAGCUGUGAACACUGCGGAGACGAGCCUUUUAGUGACAGAACCAAAACAUCCCUCCCUCGAGUUACAGCUGGGAGCACGCGUAGCCUGGAGAGCUUGCUCCUCCUGCCUGCAGCUUCUGCAACGAGUUAAAUGUCAGUAUUUUAUAAGUGAAUGUUCUUGCAGUUUGUAUAUAAGA